UGUUAGUGUUUAAAAGUAACAUUUAAAAAUGAGUGCAAUCAAUACCGAAGUAGACCUUUAUCCCAAAGUCAGCCCGGUGGACUUAGACAUGUCUAGCUCCAUUGAUAACAUCGAUAUAAACCAGAGUGCCUCAGACAACAAAAACUGGAUACAAGACGUACUAGGAUGGUUGCGGAUGCCGAAGUGCUCCAAGUGGUGCUUCUUCGUCAGCAUCGCGUUCGCUGUUGUUGGCAUCACUGCUUUCAUCAUCUACACGGAUCUGCAGAAGAAGGAUACAGGUCCUGCAGAGCCCCCGCCACCUCCUCAACCGCAGAAAGCUCCAUUCCUCAAGGAUUACUUCUUGUACCACACCAUCUCUCCGUCGCUCUUCAAUGGAACUUUCAUUACAGGUAAAGACUUCUACUACUACGAUUCACUGCGAAACUUGAAAGUCUUUGACUUGGAAACGAAACGAAGCGAUGUCAUCCUUCCUUUUACUAGUUGGAUAUUGUUGAAUGGUACUUUUGAUUUCUGGUUUUCCGAAGAUCUCCAGUAUAUGAUGUACGCAUCUUACAAUAACCCUAUUUAUAGGCACUCCUAUUAUGCCAUCUACCAAAUAUAUAGUUUCAAAACGAGAAAAAGCACAUAUGUAACCACUAAGUCAUUGCAACUCGCUGUCAUGGCUCCGAAGACCAACUCGAUCGCCUAUGUGGACAAGAACAACAUUUACUACAGAGAAAAACCUGAAGAUGAAACCAACGAUAUUCGCAUUACCUCUGACGGAAUACAAGGGAAAAUAUACAAUGGAGUUCCUGACUGGGUGUAUGAAGAGGAGAUUGUGUCGUCCAACUCGGCACUAUGGUUCUCCAAAGAAGGCAGUUACUUGGCGUACUUCAAGUUUAACGAUUCCAACGUCUUGAUUCAAGCCAUCCCCGUCUACGGACCUCCCAACCUAAGGCAAUGGCAAUACACACGAUAUGACCAGAUACACUACCCCAAGGUCGGAACUCCAAACCCAUCUAUUUCCGUUCAUGUUGUAAGUCUCAAAGACGUCAACAACUCUUCAGAACCAACCAUUUACAACUAUCCUGCUCCCGUGGCAAUGCUUGACGGCAGAGAGCCCAUUGCCAGUCUACUCGCGUGGGCCAAUGAUACUCAAUUCAUCAUCAUAUGGCUCAACAGAUACCAGAACAUGUUGGUUAUGGAGCUGUGUAGCGUUGGAGAUGAUAAUCCUUGCCGAGUGGUGUUCGAGUACGCCGAGACAAGCGGUUGGCUUCAGCUGGAAAACCCCAAGUUCGACCGUGCUGGCAACCGCAUGAUCUUCACUUGGUGGCAUAAACAAAUCAACGGUGACUCCUACCCUCAUGUUACCAUGUUGGACCUGACGCAACUGGAUCCAGAGCCAAAAGCCAUUACCAGCGGGCUCAUGUCAGUCUCCGAGAUAGCAGGGUGGAACUUUGACACUGACGAGAUAUUCUUUGUCGCCUCCACACCAGACACUCCAGAGCAGCUUCGCACAUACAAAGUGUCCGCGCGAUCACCGCACGAGAUCACUUGUAUCUCUUGCCAACAUCAACAUGUGGUCGACGGCAGCAACUGUACGUACGCUGGCGCAUUGUUCAGCACCAACGCUCACUUCUACGCCCUCAGCUGCGCUGGACCCAACGUGCCUGAAGUUACCAUCUUUGAUGCGUCUGGUAAUGAACUGAUGGUCUGGGAGGACAAUGUCAAGACCAGGAAUUUUGUUGAAGCCAUCAGAAUGCCAGUGCGAAAGGUGAUGACAGUUGAAGUUGAGGACGGUUUCUCUGCCAGAGUCCAACUUCUUCUGCCUCCUGAGCUCGCGGACUUUGACGAGACAAAGAACUAUGGCAAGAAAUACCCCAUGCUGGUCAAUGUGUAUGGAGGGCCGGACUCAUCCAUGGUCAAGGAUAUGUUCAACACAGACUUCAACACGUACAUGGUCGCCAACAAGUCCAUCAUUGGCGUGUCCAUCGACGGAAGAGGCAGCAACCUGAUGGGUCUGCGCGCCAGAUACGCGAUCUACAAGAAACUGGGCGUCGUAGAAGUGGACGAUCAACUUUCUGUCAUCAGGUAUCUGCAAGAUAAGUACUCCAACGUUAUUGACCGUAACCGCACAGCAUCGUGGGGCUGGAGUUACGGAGGCUACGCAACCGGAAUGAUGCUCACAGGGGACCACGAACACAGAAUCAAGUGUGGAGUGUCCAUUGCUCCUGUGACGGACUGGGUGUACUACGACUCGAUAUACACUGAGCGAUUCAUGCAGACCUAUGAGGAGAAUUUGCAAGGCUACAUGCGAGCGUCUCUGCUAAACAGAUCGUCCAAACUCAAGGAGAAGGAGUUCUUCUUGAUCCACGGAACAAAGGAUGAUAACGUCCACUACCAGAACUCCAUGCAGUUGGCAAAACUGUUGGCCCGAAGUGAUAUUCCCUUCCGUCAAAUGACGUAUCCUGAUGAAGACCACGCUUUGAAAUUUGUGCAACCGCAUUUCUACCACGCAAUCGAAGAUUUCCUAGAUGAAUGCUUCUUCGAAGAUUCAUGAUACUCUGUGAUCCUACUAUCUGUGUUGUUGUGUUCAGUGUAAAUGUUGAAUGUUGUUUUUAUUACAGAAUUUUAUUUAUAUUAUUUAAGUCAACUAGAAUCAGACCCUUCGAUAGUUCUUUUUUAGCAUUAUAAUUAGUCACAAUUGAAUUGUAAUGUGUUUUAAGCCUGAAAGUUAUUUACAAUUUUAACUAUGUUUUAAAUUCCAAUUACAUCAGUAUUUUUCAAUGUGUAACGUCUUUUUAAUGUUUACGUUUGUUCCUUUUCAAUAUAUUCGAUGUAUUUUUUGAUUGUAUUUUGCAAAAGUUAUAGUUUUAACAUUCCCUGACGAAAAAGAAGAAAUCAUAUCUCGUAUGUUCAAUGUCAAAAUUAAUCCCGAAAAAAUAUUUCUAUCAAUCUAAGUAGGUAAUAAUAAUAAUACAUACAAAAUUAUUACUUUUUUUUGUCCUAUCGGAAAUAAUAGCUCAAAGUAAGCUAGAAGCUCUUGCAUCAAAGAACUUGUAAUAUUUUCUUUUGUAUAUACUUAUUCGCCUUGUAGUACUUAAAACGUGUACAGGAUAUCACAGAUCAAAGAUCUAAAAAUACUUACCUUAGAUUGUGAAUUUGAAGAUACCUCACAGUCGUUUGAAGAUGUAAAUGUUUUAUGUAUGUAACAAAAUGUCUCAGAUAGGUUAAGUUGAGCAUUCUGAAGUAUUGUACAAGUAUUUCAGUAAUAAAUAUUGUUUGAUCACAUUGA